AUGCAUCGCACCUAUUCUAUGCGCACCACACGUGCGCCUACUGCUUCGCAGCUGCAGAGCCCGCCGCCUCCUCCAUCAUCCACCAAAUCCGGCCGGUUCUUCGGAAAGGGUAACUUGGGCCACGCACUGCGCCGCAAUGCCGGUGGUGCUUUCGGCCCCGAUCUGGCCAAGAAGCUGGCACAGCUGGUCAAGAUGGAGAAGAACGUGAUGCGAAGCUUGGAGACGGUCGCCAAGGAGCGCAUGGAUGUCGCUCAACAAUUGUCCAUCUGGGGUGAAGGCGGCGACGAGGAUGUUUCCGAUGUUACUGACAAGCUUGGUGUAUUGCUAUACGAGAUUGGCGAGCUGGAGGAUCAGUAUGUCGAUCGCUACGACCAGUACCGUAUCACCAUGAAGAGCAUUCGCAAUAUUGAGGCUUCAGUCCAGCCCAGCCGAGACCGCAAGCAAAAGAUCACGGAUCAAAUUGCUCAGCUCAAGUACAAGGAGCCUAACUCGCCCAAGAUUGUCGUUUUGGAACAGGAACUCGUCCGUGCCGAGGCUGAGUCGCUCGUCGCCGAAGCCCAGCUCUCCAACAUUACCCGCGAAAAGGUCAAGGCCGCCUACACCUACCAGUUCGACGCUCUCCGUGAGCACUGCGAAAAGGUCGCCAUCAUUGCCGGUUACGGAAAGCACCUUCUCGAGCUCAUUGACGACACUCCCGUCACUCCCGGUGAGACCCGACAGGCAUACGACGGAUAUGAGGCUAGUAGAGCCAUUAUCCAGGACUGCGAGGACGCUCUCACCAACUGGGUCACCGCCAACGCUGCCAUCUCCUCCAAGCUCUCCACUCGCUCCCGUACUCUGUCCCAGCGCCGCCGCAACAACAUCCGCACCAGGAACGAGGGCGGCCAUGACUUGUCCGGCCAGGACGCCCCUCUGAAUGAUAGCAGUUCUUGGGUGGGACGACAUGGUGAGGAGAGCGAGGAGGAGGAAGAGGAGGAGGAGGAGGUCGGCAGCGACAUUAACGGUGAGGCACGUGGCCGUACCAAGGAGGCUCUGGCUGCGUAA